GAGUUAUUUAAAACUGAAGAGUUCCUUAAUAUCAUUUCUACUAGUGUGGCUGACGUCGUACUCAAAAAUGCAUCAAAAGAAAUUGAGGAACUUAAUGCAAAAGUUAUUCACCUGGAAAGGGAAAACAAAAGUUUGCAGAAGGAAGUAGUUAUUUUGAAGAAAGAGAUGGAUUCAUUAGAACAAUAUAGUCGCAGGCGUUGUCUUCGCAUUUUUGGGAUAAAAGAAAGUGGUUCGGAUGAUCCCGAAAAUUUAGUUUUAGGUGUGUUCAAUGGGCAACUGAAACUUGCGUUACAACCGAAUGACAUUGAACGCGUUCAUAGAAUUGGACCUAAACUUCCAAAUAAUCAAAAACCCAGGCCCAUCAUCGUCCUAUUCCAUAGCUAUAAGAUUAGGCAAGCUGUUUUUUCUUCGAAAAAGCUACUGAAAAAUUCCGGCAUCACUAUUCGAGAAGAUCUUACCAAGUACAGAUUGCAACUACUCCAAACCGCAGCUAAGAAGUUUAGUGCACAUAAUACUUGGACAAUUGACGGAAAAAUUUUUGUCAAACAUAAUGGCAAGAUCAAAGCUAUAAAUACGUCGGAAGAUAUCUAAACGUACAUCUCCAACAUAAUUAAUUCCAAGAGCUGAUUUACUCUGGGUGAAAUGGAGUGCACGUAUAUGCUUAGAAAUGGUCUCUGAUCUUUUGCUUGCUUUAACACUCUGUUUUGCGAUACUUACCUGCUGUGAGGGAGCCCGAACCGAUUUAAUUUAUUAGUAAGCAAUCAAGCGCCGACCUUUGUUAAGAUUGUAAGUUACUUGUUGACUCACAAUACUCAUUUGUUUUUUGUCUAAUUUCGAUAUUCGCCUAUUACAACUGAAUCACGGUUUGUAAAUAAUAAUGAAAAUUGUGCACGUUAACGUUCGUUCGUUGAUCAGUAAGUUUAGUAAUUUUAAGGAUAUGGUAAUCAAGGGAAAAUUUGAUGUCGUUAUGGUAUCGGAAACUUGGCUGAACUGUGAUAUAAGUGAUGAUCUUAUUAAUAUUGUAGGAUAUACAGUUCUGCGUAAAGAUAGGUGCAGUCGUGGUGGUGGUGUUGCUAUUUACGUUAAACAACCGUUGAAUAAUGUAGUUUUGAAUACACCAUCCAGUAUUGAGCAAUUAUGGGUAGGUAUUGAAAUCAAUCGUAAGAAGGUGACAAUGGGUUGUUUAUAUAGACCGCCGCAUUGCGAUCCCAACUUUUUUGUGGACGAGCUCGAGGAGACACUAACCAAUCUGAUUAUGAUCCAUGACUAUGUACUUGCCAUGGGCGAUCUUAAUUUCAAUCUGCUAUUGCACAAUAACUCCUCAGUUGAAUAUUUUACUAUGUCGUUGCAAAACAUUGGGUUUUAUCAAUUGGUUGAUUCCCCGACUCGUAUCACGUCAACAACUAGUAGUCUCUUGGAUCUCCUAAUUACCAACGACUGUGGUUUAGUGUCCGCUUGUGACGUAGUGUCAGUCAGUGAUUUAGCCGAUCAUGACUUGGUUGUGGCGACUUUGGAGUUGGAUGACCAUGUUGUACCGAAUCUCCCUGUACUAUACCGUGCUUAUAAGCAACUAGAUAUGCAUGCUUUUGAUCAAGAACUGCAUUGCUUACCGUUUCUCGAUAUGCUAGGAUUAGAAGGAGUGAACUUAAAAUUAGAAUACUUUAAUAGUCUGCUUAGUUACCUACUGAAUAAGCAUUUACCUCUCAAAUCCAAAGUUUUUAAGAAAACUCCUUCACUGUGGCUGUCCGAGAACACAAAGUUGCUAAUUAAAUUAAGGGAUAACGCCCUGCGGAAAAGUAGGCAAACUGGAAAACCGCAACACUGAGAUUAUUACAAAUCUCUGAGGAAUUUUACUAAUCUUACUAUUAAGAAUGAUAAAAAAGCUUAUUUUAAUUUCCGUGCACGACAAUGUACUUCAUGGCUUAACUUAUACAGCAGCGGAAUCAUAUCUAAAAAAGUCGUCGACAUACCUUUGCACCUUCAAAUACCUGAUGAUAUUAAUACGUUCUUCAUCAAGUCUGUACCUAAUCUAAACGGUAAUAUUGAUCGAGUUAUAAGGUUCUAUAAUAGUGGAAAGCUUAAUGCUAACAUUCCGGAGUUUAAGUUUCAAACUGUCACACCUGAUCAAAUAUUUGACAUUAUUCUAAACCUGAAAUCUAACGCUUGUGGUGUAGAUAAUUUUAAUGUAAAAUUCAUCAAAUUGUGUUGUCCUUUCUUAAUCCCAUUCAUCACUCAUCUUGUAAAU